UUAGCUUAGCGGUUAGCGUUAGCUAACAAGCGAACGACGUCCUUGCCGUUGCCAACUACCCUGUUGAUAAAGGUAUGCCGCACAAAGAUCCAUGUCAAAAGCAAGCAUGUGCAAUUCAGCAGUGUUUACAAGCUAACAAAUACGUGGAGAGCGUGUGUCAGGAUGUGAUCAGGGAGAUGCGGCGGUGCUGUGAAGCUCAGACUGGAAACUCCGUCUGCUGCUCCGGGUUCAAGGACUCCAAAUCCACCGAGAACAAAUGCAAUACAUAGAUAAAGGUGCAUACAUGUACCUUCCAGAUACAUUUUUUUGUACUUGGAACAUUUGUUAAGUUUGCACCUCAGAGAACAAAAAUGGACCUGUAUUGCACCUCUUUUUCUGACAGUGUACAUGGAGUGGAGUGCAAACCUUAUUCAUGUUAUUAAGUCAAGUCAUACCGCAUCUCUCACAACGACAAGUUGAACAUUAUAAUGUAAGCUGUAAUGUUAGCACAUUUUCUAUUUAUGAAAAGGAAAUGUUUUCUAUGUCUUUUAA